AUAUCAUUUACAUUCUCUUCAUAUACGGAGAUCAAGUAUUCUUUGUAAAACUACCCCUUAUCUUCAACAAUUUGCAGUACUGUACAUAUGUACAUGUUUACAAUAGAGAUAUUUAAUGCCUUAAGACACAACAAAAUUGUUUUAUAAAAUAUAAAAUUUACACCGGAAACCUUUUCAUAAUAUAUUUCCAAAGUUUGUAUGCAUCAAUUUAAAUUCAUACUUCCAUUUUAUUUAUCUUGAAGAAGGUGAAUACUCGGAUAGAUUUGUGUCUUAAUUUGUAAACAAUAGGUUGUUUUUUAACGGUGUAAAACUGAUUCCUUUCGAUUAAUUUGGACUAAAAAUUCUACAGAAAGGAAAUACCCUCAAACCCUUCCAUGUUGUUUGUAUUAUGUUUGAAACACCACUAAAGAAAAUACUUUUUAGAUUUUACCGAUUAAAUUUAUGUUUUAUUUGUACAUGUUGUUUCUCUAAUAAAAGUUCUAAAUUGUGAUCUGUUUCCAAAUAAUAAAUACCUGUGAUUAAUUGAUUUCUUGGUUUUGUUUAAGUUUAUCUGUUAUAUUUAAAAAUUCAAGAAACGCGGCAUAAUUUCAGAUUGCGCACUUCUUUCGGCGCGUUGAAGAUUUUACGAUGUGUCAACAUAUGUUAAUUUCUAUUUUCCGAUGUGUGUUGGAUGAUUAAGAACCAACGAAAGAUGAGUUUUCGGGUGACGGAGUCAGGUGAAUGUGUUCGACAACAUUUUAACCCAGAAGACGUAUCCGAUGGUAAACCAAGAGUGCUCAAAUUCAGAAUGAUAAAUACAAGAGAGAAAAGCUCAAAGGAGAAGGAUCCUGAAAAACACCUUAUGCUUAAUAUACUCGGAGAUCUAUCCUCAGAAACACUUGUUCUUUUAGGAAAGACACGAAUGGACCAGACUAGAGUAGAGGAGGAACUGAAAAAGAAUUUAGAAUGGGAGAACUGGAAAAAGGAGAGAAAUAUAACAGAAUGGAAACCAAAGCGAACGCUUCCUAUUCUCCCCUCGCCGCACGUGUCUCCAAUACAGAAGAAACGAUCAGUUUUUAAACCUUCCAAAUCCUCCAAAUCCUCGAAAGUUCACAAAUCCAAAGGACAAGGAAUUAUCCCCUCCAGUCCCAGAAAGGGAACAUCUACAAUAAUAUCAUGACCGGCCUUCAUUUUAUGUCUUAAUUUCAACAAGUAAAUACACUUCCAGAAAUAUUUUAUUAAUUUCUACAGCCGAGGUUUUAUACAUCUUUUGAAUAUUUAUUUCUGUAACAUAUACAACAUCACACUGAUUAGUAACUGCGAGGCAAACUACAUAUAGUUUUUAGAAGAAAGUGUGCUUUAACAUUUUUGAAUUUUAAUUUUCACUUGAAAUUACUCGAUCAAACAUAAACAUCAAUUCUUUAACUUAUUAUUAGAUUGAAUUUGAUAAAAUAAGUCGUGAGAAAUCAGAAUAUUAUCAAAACAUACUAACGUUCCAAUUGAUAAAUUUUCAAAAUUCUUUCUCUCAAAAACAAUUCUUACUAAACUAUCUUAAUUCAUGUCUACUUAUUGAGGUUUUUUUUUCUAUUAUCAUGAGACAAUGAUAUCUUGAGAUAAUUAAAAUCUAGCAGGUCGAUCGUAUUAAAUCGUUACCGUUACUGUUACAAAUUGUUACUCUCUUGUAUAUAUUGUAUUGAUCAUAUUACGUCACAAGUUAUUAGUUUUUAUUUCUGUUUCAUUUCCAAAUUAUAGAUUUUGAUACAUUCUAAGAUUUUACUCGUUGAAAGGAUUCUGAAUUUAAGUAAUGAUUGAGCUAAAGGACUCUCAGUGAUUUACAGCGCUUUGUUAUUUUUUUUAAAUCGGCCGGUGGAUUCCUACAGAAAAUAUAACUAAGAAAAUGGCCAAUUGUUGUACCAUUUAACAAGAAAAAGACUUAAAAAUCAGCACAGGUUUAAACUUGGAGUGACAAUAAUUUAUAAAGAUGCUGUUUAAAAUUAAACAACCUAGAACUUUUUACCGAAGGAUCACAUUAAUCACUCAAAACUAGUUGACUAUCUCUUUAAAAGUACCCAAGAUGUUCUUGUAAAAUUAAGAGAUUGAAACUUGUAUUGUAACCAGAAUCAUGGCAAGAAACCUGUCCUAAAUAUGUUAUUAAUAUGUUCUCAAAUACUAAAAAUAUAAUUUGUUAACAAAGAAAUGUAGUUUGUAUAUUUUCAGAUAAAUUAUCCAGACAAUGGAGUGCGGUCCUCAACUCAAACCCGAGGAACCUGAGUACCCAGAUAUUCCAAAGGCACGUAUUAGAGAAGUAGAUUGUAAGCAGGGAGCAAUCAGAUGUGUUAGGUUUUCUGUUGAUGGUAACUACUGUAUGACUGGCGGAGCAGAUAAAUCAUUAAAGCUGUGGAAUCCAAACCGAGGGAGUUUACUGAAAACAUAUAUGGGACACGGUUACGAGAUUUUGGAUUGUCAGGGUUCCUGUGAUAACUCUCAACUAGUUUCCUGUUCUAUGGAUAAAUCUGUUGUACUAUGGGACGUAACAAGUGGAAACUUUACAAGAAAAUGGCGUGGACACCAGGCUUCAGUGAACUGUGUACGGUUCAAUGAAGAGUGCACAGUUGUUAUGAGUGGUUCUGUGGAUACCUGUGUUAAGAUCUGGGAUACCAAAUCUAGAAGCCAGGAACCAAUACAGACUUUAGAGGACUCAAAGGACAACGUAACAAGUAUGGAUGUAAGUGAUCAUGAGAUCCUUGUGGGAAGUGCUGACAAGCAUUUUAGAAACUAUGAUCUCAGAAUGGGAAGUGUAGUGAGUGAUUAUGUUGGUGACACUGUAUCCUGUGUUCGGUUUACUAGAGACGGGCAGUGUAUCCUUGUAUCCGCUGUAUCCAGCUCACUUAAACUAUUUGAUAAAACUACAGGAGAGAUGCUCCAGGAGUUCAUGGGACAUAUUAAUAAGGAUUACAGGUUGGAAUGUUGUAUGGAUUUCUCCGAUAAAUACGUUCUGUCCGGAAGCGAAAAUGCUCAGGUAUAUAUCUGGGACCUUGUAGAGGGAGGCUGUGUCGCUAAACUUGAUCAUCUGAACCUGGGAGCAGUCCACUCCCUCGCCCCACACCCGAGCACAGCUCAGCUCCUGACAGGAGCUCAGGGCACCCUCACAGUCUGGGAUACAGGAGAGGAGGAAGAAGAGAUGGAACAGGAACCUGUACUCUCAUCAUCAUCAGUGUAUGAUAGUAAACCCCACUGGAUGUAGCGAGAUGUCGAGUAAAAAAGAAGAGAGAAAUUCACACUAAAAAUACAUUCUUUGCCGCUGCUCAGUGUAUUCAUGCAGGAAGAAAACUAGAAUUGUUCAGGGUCGUCCCGGGCAAUAAGAAAUAAUCAAUCAAUAUUAUUAUUUCAAAACAUCUGAUAAACGAAGCGUUUGAAAACACUUAUUUUUAAUUAUUUCUUCGCAUUUCAGA